AUGUACUACCUGGACCUGGUUCCUUCGCCGCUGUCGUUCCGCGGCUACGGCGAGUACGCGGUGCGGCAGGACGCGGAGGGCGCGUGGGCGUGGUCCAACAUCAUCACCAACACCACCAUGGCGACGCUCAGCCAGGAGGACGUCGACCUCAACUACCCCGUCGGGAGGCUCACCUGGAACCUGCAGAACCCAGUGUGCCAUCAGGAAGCGGGCCGUCGUGUGCUGACGUUGUCCUCGUGCACUGUCAGCCAGUUCACUUGCUCCGAUGGCUCCUGCGUCGACUUCGCCAAGCGCUGCGACCUCAAGUUCGACUGCGACGACAAGACGGAUGAGAGCGAUUGCGACAUCAUCAAUUUCCCGAAGGAUUACAGGUCCAAGUUGCCGCCCAGACCAGCCUCCGACUCGUCCCUUCCGAUCUCCCUCAACGUGACGAUGGACACCCUCAACAUCGACACCACCACCAUGCUGCUCUCCGUCAGCUACAACCUCCGCAUGACUUGGCUCGACAACCGACUCACCUACAACAACCUCAAGAACAUGACGCGACUCAACACGGUGUCGCUGAAGCAGGUGGAGGGUCUGUGGCGGCCGCGCCUCGGCUUCAUCAACACGGACGACAUCCAGAACACGGCGGUCGACGCGGACGCCGUCACGAUGAUCAUCAAGCUCGACCAGAGCUUCGCGCCCGACCUCUCCAACCCUUACGAAGUCGAGAUCUACCGAGGCGACACCAACCCCGUCUCGACCAUCAGGAAGUAUAGCACUGUCUACACCUGCAACUUCGACCUGGUCCUCUAUCCCUUCGAUAUCCAGAACUGCUACAUGGUGCUGCAGGUUCUCUCGGCGUCAUCGGACUACCUUAUUUACGACGCUGGUGGUUCCUCGGUGGAGUACCUCGGGCCGACGCUGCUGGUGGAGUACGGCAUCGGGAGGAUCGACCUGCAGGUGGACAACGCGACGCAGUACGCCGUGGCGCGCGUGCGCAUCGAGCUGAUCCGCCGCUACGGCUACGCGAUGCUCAACAUCUACAUCCCUUCGCUCACGCUGCUCAUCAUCAGCUACGUCACGCUCUUCUUCCGCCCCUCCAUCUUCGAGGUGCGCGUGAUGACGGCGCUGACGUCGCUGCUGGUGCUGGCCACGCUCUUCACGCAGGUGUCCGCCUCGCUGCCCAAGACGUCCUACUUCAAGAUGGUCGACAUCUGGCUCCUCUUCUGCAUCGUCCUCAUCUUCUUCAUCAUCCUCUUCCACACCGUCAUCGACCGUUACGUGGAUUACUCGGCCUACUUCGGGGCUGCCGCCGGUUUCAAGGAGGGAACGUGGCUCAGGCCUCUUUCGGGGAGCAGAGGCGCGUCCACGAUCAAAGUCCUGCCGGCGGACCUGGAGGACGCUCAAUCCCUCGCCGGCAGCGGGAGGAGGGGGAGCGGGACGUCUUGGCAAGACAAGCUGAGGAACUUCUCCGUCGAUCUCGACUUCUGCCUCAACUUCUCCAAGGCCUCCACCUUCUCCAUGUUCCUCCUGUUCAACCUGGUCUACUGGGGAAAGCUGGCCGCCGGCUCCGGCCUCGUCUACUACCUGUACAACUGAGAGGAUGAGGGAGCGGAGU